AUGAUGGCUGCGAAAGAGGAAGAUGAACUUUUCGAAAUCAUGUCCUCGUACAGUGAGCCCAAUGACUCUGAAACGCAAGGUUCAAACUCUGAGUCCUCGGAGGAUGAUAUCUCGGAAACGAGUGAAGACCGCACAUUCGUGGUGUCGGAUGGAGAUCAAUCGCCCUAUUCGAACAGAUCCUCUGGGUCUUCCGACUACAGCCAACACUGCCCCGACGUGCAAGACAAUGGCUCUUCGGAUCUUAAAAUACCGAUAGGCACCAUUGCCAAACUCGUUAUCCACCAGGGUGAUAGUUCUGCUGUACAGUAUUUGGUCUUAUGGCGGUCCUGGGAGCCGGAAAAGCCGCGUGUAAAUGGUAUGGCCGAGGAGACUUGA